GAACUUGGGGGGUGGGCUCAUCUUCCGGAAAGGCCAAGUUCCCGCUCUCCAGAGCUCAACUCUCACCAGACUCCCGCUUGCGAGAUGAUCGGAGGAAGCUGGCAGCCUUCAGGGCUCGCCGGAGCUCUGCAGACCGAAACCCGAGCUGCCGUUAGGAUGAGAUUAGAAGUUGGGGGAGGCCGAGCUCCUGGACGGCAGAGGAGAAGUUGGCGGGUUCGCGCAGGCGUGGUAGGUUCCCUCCACCUGCUGUAGGUCCCCGCGCUUCUUAGCCACGCCCCCAGGCCACGCCCCCAGGGCCUGCAGCAUCUUUAGGGACGGGCUGUGUCCGUCAGAGGAGAGGGAGGUGUGGCUUCCCGCUGGGUACCGCCCCUCGAGCUUCCUAUUGGUCGCGAGGGAGACAUCCCCAGUUCGCCACCUUCCCAUUGGAUCGCGUGUGAGAGCGGCGCACCCCAUUGGGCCGGGCUGAUUUGGGCACUAAAUUCAAAGAUUUUAAAAGUCCCAGCUGGCGCCUUUUGAAAGAGAGCGCUGUGCCGCCGGCGGUCGUUCUCCCUAGCGGCGGUGUCCGCCUCCCUCACCUGAGGCGGCCUCCAGGACCCCGGGCAUGAGCCGGCGCCCCUGCUGCGCCUCCCCACGGCUCCCUGCUUGCCCCUGCUCACACCGCCGCUGCCCUAGUGCCCUGACAGCCAGCGAGCCCUCUCGACCCUCGGACCCGGGUUCUAAAGAGUGUUCCAGUCUUUCUGUCAAAAUGAAAUGUGACAACUAUAACCGUGUUCAUGCUGGACUGAAACUGGUCAAGCCUGAUGACAGUGGAAAACUGGAUUCCCACACUCCUUCACCUUUGGAGGGUUCUUGUAAAGACUGCAUUAAAAGCUUAUUAGAGGUGGGAUCACCCAUUGUGAGCCCCAGGAUUCUAGAACUGGAAGCUGAAAGCAAGCCCCUGCAUAACAAGGAAAAUCAGCACGUGUCACAAACAUUCCAUAGCUCCAAUGAAAUAGAAGAACUAGAGGUCAGUGGACCUUACGAAGACAGUGGCUAUGCCUCACUUUCCCAGCACAGUGUCCUCAGUGAACAUGAAGAGGGCAGCCUUCCCCUGGAGGAGAGUCUCCUUGACAGUCCACAGCCCCACCUGCUACAGACACAAAGCCCAGGCCCGUAUCCCAACAAAAACUUCCUCCCUGCUCUUCAUUUUGCAAAAGUGGUUUGCUCAACAUUAAAAAAGAAUGCUAAGCGGAAUCCAAAAAUAGACUGGGAUAAAUUGAAGGAAUGUAUACCCAGCGGAAAUAUUAGGCUACAAAAUAUAAUUGGCAGGAAAAUGGGCCUGGAAUAUGUAGAUAUUCUAAGUGAACUUUUUGGAAGGGGACUCAGACAUCUCUUAAAAGUUAUUUUGACUCAGCUCAGUGAUAUGGACUUAGUCAAUGUAUCUAAAGUCACCAAAACGUGGAAGAAGAUUCUAGAAGAUGAUAAGGGGAUACUGCAACUGUACAAUAAAGCAAUACAAAGAGUUGCUGAAAAGAGCAUUAAGGUUUCACCGCAUGCUUCAACCAGAGAAUACGUCAUGUUUAGAACUGCACUAGCUUCUGUUCAAAAAUCAGCAGUUCAGCUGCCUUCCCCAAAAGAUUCUCGGACCAAGUUAGCCAAUCCCGGUGAUCAAAAAAGUUCUUCGUAUAGUCGACACAAUGAAUUCUCUGAGGUUGCCAAGACUUUGAAAAAGAAUGAGAGCCUCAAAGCCUGUAUCCGCUGUAACUCCCCUGCAAAAUACGACUGCUAUUUACAACGGGCAACCUGCAGACGGGAGGGCUGCGGGUUUGAUUACUGUACAAAGUGUCUGUGUAAUUAUCAUACCACCAAAGACUGCUCAAAUGGCAAGUCCCUCAAAGCAAGUUAUAAAAUGGGUCCUCUGCCUGGUACAAAGAGAAGCAAGAAUAAUCUACGUCGAUUGUAAUCUUUUCCUCAGAUCAAUGGUAACUGAUUAUGGAGGUUAGAAAAAUGUUAGGUUUUAAUGUUAAAGAAUAAAUGCUGUGUGAUUUUCAAUUUUACAUCAAGUUAGGGUUUUCUUUUCCCUCAGUGGGAAAAAAAAAAGGAUGCACAGCCUAUUAAAGUAUUUUUAUAAGAUGUGAAGAAAAGUUUAAAGCCCUGGCAAAUGAGAAAAUUUAAGUAUUUAAAAAAAAAAACUUUAUCUGAAAUUUGUGAGUAAAAGAAAAAUUAACUGAAGCCCCCCCCCCAUAAUUUUAAAAUUAAAUACAAAUCUCCCUUGCCAUCUUGUUAAUGUUUGAGGUGUUUAUCUUACCAGUUGGAAUAUCAACUGCCGUCUGUUAAUUUAAAUGUUUUGUCACUUUUCUUAAAUCUCUUUCUCAAUGUGUUUCGUUUCCCUUGUCUGUAGAUGUUUUUUUUUAAAGAUAUUUUUGCACAUGUAUAUAUUUCUGUAUUUUAUAUGUUGGUAUGUCUUUCUGUAUAUGCACAUCAAAGUAAAUUUUGUUAUAAAUAAAAUUGUUACACACAAUAAA